AUGGCUGGCGCGUGCGGCGAGAUUGGCGCGCGGGGAGGAAGCCGCGUGCGGGGCGGCGGGGGCACGGUGAUGUCGUGGACGCCCUCGCUAUUGCAGGGAGCGACUAUAGAAGAUAUGGCUGUCAUCAUCACACCAGCCACCGAUUACAAGCUACCAGCGUUUGUUUUAGCUGAUCUAGAGUCAAAAAACACUGGUGGCAUGGAAUCUGCUCUUCAGAAGGCUGAGGAUAUUGCAGUUUCUAUGUUAGCCAAAGGGUUUGUUCUCGGCAUGGACGCAGUUGAAAAAGCAAAGGCUUUCGAUGAAAAGCAUCAGCUCACAUCAACUGCAACUGCCAAAGUCGCUUCCCUUGACAGGACAAUGGGCUUAAGCCAGAAGUUCAGCACCGGGACCUUAGUGGUGAAUGAGAAAAUGAAGGAGAUGGAUGAGAAGUACCAGGUUGCAGAGAAGACCAAGUCAGCAUUAGGUGCAGCCAAACAGACUGUCUCUACUGCUAGUUCCUUCAUCAUGAGUAACAGGUAUAUCCUGACAGGUGCAGCAUGGGUAACUGAUGCCUACAACAAGGUUGCAACCACUACAACUGAUGCUAGCAAGUCGAUAAAGGAAAGGAUGAUGGCUGAGCAGGAGGGAGCCAAUCAAAGCGGUGAAACCGCAAAAGUUGAUUUGCUUGAAAUCUCUGAAGCGGAUGAGCAAGAGUGGAAGCGCCAUGAAGAUGACUCUACAAAGAACGUCGUUCAAGAAAGUCCUGAAAUGACUUGUCAGGAGAGUGAGCAUUAG